AUGGCCAUGGUGCCACAAUCAAGCCUGAAGGUUUGGAGGAAGAAGCUGGUGGUCGAUGCCCUGUCGCCGCUUCUUGCGUUGAUGCUUCUGCUGCGUGCAAGACACUCAUGGCCUGGUCGCGGCAAGUUCCUGGUGGCUCCAGCUUUGUUACUUUCAGCCUGGACAGCAUUGGCAGGGUUGAAGGUACUUUGGCGGAGAGUAGGCCUUCGCAUAUCUUCACCCUUGCGAGGUACCUGUGUGAAGUUCGGCUUUCCAAAAACCUUGGGCACAUGGAGUGCGUUCUGUCCUUCCUGCAAGCGACCCAUGAACAUCGAACUCGGGCACCGCCGAACAAAUGAAGCUCCUCCGCCGGAGGUUCGUGGAAAGUGUGCUUUCCUCAUCUGUUUGUGGGGUGCUUCUCGCGAGUACCUUCUCGGUGCUUUGGUGCUCGGUUAUUCCAUCAGGAAGACAGGUUCGCCACACGAUCGGGUGUGCCUGUACACAAAUGAUGUACCGGAUUCGCACAUAAAGUUGCUGUCCAAGCUUUGGCUUUGCAGGCCCAUGAGCCACAUUGAUGUUGCAAUGGAUCAACUCAGCUUCCCUGACAAGGAAGAUCGUUUUGCGAAAGUCUUUUCCAAAUUGAACGGCCUCGCAUUAACGGAGUAUUCAAAGGUUCUCAUGAUGGACAUCGACCUCCUGGUGCGCUCAAACAUAGAUGACCUCUUCGAGCUGACCCCGCCAGCAGCCUUGAGACGUGGCAUGAACGAGGUUUUUCUCGGUCAUGGCGAACCAGUGGACGGUCGUGUCUUCUUUUUGGGUGCAGACAAAUCUAUGCCACGUUGGUCCUGGGGACAAGGCACAGGGAUCAACGCUGGUGUGAUGCUGUGGCAGCCCGACCAAGCUGUCCUGGAUCAGAUGCUCGACGAACUUACCGAGCCCAACCACCCAGAACAUGUGAAGGGAAACGGCCCUGAGCAAGAUUACUUAAGUCGUUUUUGGGCAGAUGCGCCUUGGACCUAUAUCGGCGUGGAGUAUAAUUUUCAGCUGCACCAAAUGUUUUUCGCUUUGCACCCAGACCGUGCCUACUAUGCGGAAAGAUCUGUUCUAGUGCAGACACCCGAGAAGAUCCGAGUAGUGCACUUUUCGGGGAAGCCGACUGCAAAGCCAUGGCAUCGGGUGUUGGACAACGCAUGGAAAGACUUCUGGCCGGACAGGUCCCGUGACGCUGAAUAUGUAGAGCGCUUUGCAGAGGAAUUUAUGGGCUACUGGCUCUGGGUCAAGCGUGAUCGUGAGAAGUUUGAGGCACAAGCAAGCGGAAAUUCCUGGGACACGGCGGGCUUGGAGCUGAACGAGGAUGGCGAGUUCUUUCGUCAUUACAAGAACGGCCGGGAACCCGAAUGCCUCGAAAUACCAGUGGCAGCUUCGCAAGGCGCCAUGAACCUGUUGUCGGCUGCAUUGGGGGAGUGGUUCGACAUCUUCGAGCAGCUGCAGCGAGAAUUCCACUUGGAUCUCGGACGCUUGACGCACAUCUCCCCUCGUGCACCGGCUCCCCGGCCAGAAGUGCCACGACUUCGGCAAGUGGCAUGGCGCCGUCAUGGGGGCCGCGCUGGGUGGUUUGUAGAGUCGGACAAGGCAGAGACAACACUUCCCGCUGCAAAGCUGACUGCUGCUUGUGGGAUGUCAGAGGACUUGUCUUCUGUUUCUCUGCGAGACCCAAGAAGCGAGACCUACGAAGACGUUGGGUCGCAUGUCCACGGCUUGUAUGUCAAAUUGGCAGGAUCCAGGGCAUGUCGGCAUUUCGAGCUUCCUGAAGUGCUCACAGAGGACUCGUUGGCUCCGAUCCAUUUUUGGGUGGACAGUGUCCCCACAGGUGCGAUCGUUUUGAUGGCUGCAGUCGGGCUGCCAAGCGAUCUGGCAACAGUCCUGCAGAUACUCGCGCCCCUUGGCGUGCCCCAACUGCCACCACCCAAGAACAGUAGAGUCCUGGCCUGCAUCUCGACAUGUCAGCGCCCGCGGGCAGUCGAGGAGGGUGCGGAAGAGCUCCCAUGUGCACACCAUGCUUCACCAGAUAUUGCUUAUGCUUCCUUGAUGAUGGAUGAAAGCUUUAUAUAG